UCAAAUCGCUCCUUCAGAGCGAGAUUAAUAUUUUCGGAAGGACCUUCGUGUUCAACAGAUACCAAACCAUGCGAUCAAUCGUACUGAUCGCCCUAUCGCUGGUGAUCGCAGCAUUCGCUGGGGUUCCACGCAGCAAACCGAAUCUAGAAGCUAACCGGCGGCUGAUCGAGCAGAUGUUUACCCGACGCUUCACGGAGCCAAAGAAGCAAGCACCUGCACGCGACGAUUCGAGCACGCGACCAAUUUCGGAGCAUUUCUUUUCCACGGAGGUAGACCACUUCAACGCCCAAAAUACCGAUCAAUGGACGCUGCGGUAUUUUGCCUCAGCCGAUAAUUACGUUCAGGGUGGUCCUAUUCUGAUUUUCCUCGGAGGUACCCGUCCAAUUACGCCAUCUAUGAUUGAUGAUACCACACUGAUCUACGAAAUGGCACGGGAAUGGAAUGGUGCACUGUUUGCCUUCGAACCUCGUUUCUACGGAGAAAGCCGAGUCACCGAAGAUUUGAGUACCGAAAACCUAAGCCUUCUGAGUACAGAUCAAAUAUUGGCUGAUCUGGCUGAAUUCGUAACUUACGUGAGACGCGAGCUUGUUGAAGAUGAAACGGCUAGGGUUUUGGUUGCUGGUACGGAGCUGGGAGGAUCGUUAGCUGCCUGGUUCCGGAUCCGAUAUCCCCAUUUAGGCAAUGCUGCAUGGGCUUCCAGUGCCUACAUGAAUGCCGUUCUGGGCUUCGAUGAUUUCUCGGAGGCCUGGGGAGAUUCGCUGAUCGCACACGGUAGCCAGGAGUGCUACAAUGAGAUUUUCGUGGCAUUCCACGUGAUGCAGAAUCUAAUAGAUUUGGGAAUGGCCGACUUACUGUUCGAGAAGUUCAACAUUUGCUCGGAAAUAGAUCCGGAGAAUACAUUCCAGGUUCAGUACUUCUUCAGUAUCUUGAUGAUAUCAGUUGAGAUUUAUACAAUUCGUAAUAACGACUUGGCGGAUUUCGCUGAGGUAUGCGACGAUUUGACAGCAGGUGGCACUGAUUCUGCAGUUGAAUCCUUCGCAAACUGGUUCAAUGAGAAGUGGGUCGAAGACCUAGGUUGUGUAGUGUCGGAUCCGGCACAAGCUAUUGAAAUAUUCCAGGACCCUGACUGGGAUUCCGAUUUCAACCAACAGGGAGCUCGCCAAUGGAUGUAUCAAGAGUGCACGGAGUUCGGUUGGUUCUUUACCACGGAAUCUGCUUUCCAACCGUUUGGUGAUCGAGUUUCGAUAGACUUCUAUGUUGAAUGGUGCCGUCAAAUAUUUGGCGAUUGGAUCACCAUGGAAUCGGUCCAGCGAGGUAUUAAUCGUGCGAAUAAUCGAUUUGGUGGAGAUAAUCCUGGCUCUAGCUUAACUCACUUCACCAACGGCGAUGCUGAUCCGUGGAGAAUGAUAAGCAUCACCCGGAACCUUACACUCGACGCACAGGCUGACAUAAUCAGCAACCAGUUGGGAGGUUCCGAUUUGUCCGCGAUGUCACCGGAUGAUCCCGCAGAUCUCGCAGAAGUCAAGCAACGUUUGAAGCUAACACUCGCCAGCUAUUUGUUCCCGUUCAGUCCGUAUGAGAGUCCGUGAGAUAACUGUUUGUGAAAGGAUUUGAAUUGCAGUUUAUACAAGAUUUAAAUCGUUGUUAAUGUUCGAUAAAUUGUGAAUUAAAGCUGUUGUACUGUGAUAGCAUAUUA